UUAUUCGCAACAGUGAUAAGGCUCAACUUAUUAACAUAUCGUUCUUUUCGUCUGGUAACGUCGCCAUAUUUAGUGAACGAGGCAUUACCGGCCUCAGAUAUUUGGCGAAAUGGCGUUGUCAGCAGCACGUCCCCUUAUAAAUGUGUACUCUGAGAAGAAUGAAUUAUCUGGAACAACGAUCACUUUGCCGGCUGUGUUCAAGGCACCCAUCAGACCAGAUAUUGUCAAUUUUGUUCAUGCAAACUUGAGGAAAAACAGUCGCCAGCCUUAUGCCGUCAGCAAGGCAGCAGGUCAUCAGACUAGUGCAGAAUCCUGGGGAACCGGUCGUGCUGUAGCACGUAUUCCACGUGUGCGUGGUGGUGGUACGCAUCGAUCCGGUCAGGGUGCAUUUGGUAAUAUGUGUAGAGGUGGUCGUAUGUUUGCUCCAACUAAGACUUAUAGACGCUGGCACCGUAGAGUAAAUGUCAACCAAAAACGUUACGCCAUGUGUUCUGCCAUUGCUUCAACUGGAAUUCCGGCUCUUAUCAUGUCUAAAGGUCACCGCAUUGAGGAAAUACCAGAGGUACCUUUGGUUAUAGCGGACAAAGUCCAAGAAUUUAAAAAAACAAAAGAAGCUGUUGCCUUUUUAAGAAAAUUCAAAGCUUGGUCAGAUAUUCAAAAAGUUUAUAAAUCAAAGCGUAUGCGUGCCGGAAAAGGUAAAAUGCGUAAUAGAAGACGUAUACAAAGACUGGGUCCUUGUAUUAUAUAUGACCAAGACAAUGGGCUUACCAGAGCAUUCAGAAAUAUUCCUGGAAUUACACUCUUGAAUGUCAGCAAAUUGAAUCUACUCAGAGUUGCACCUGGUGGUCACGUUGGACGUUUCUGUAUUUGGACUGAAAGUGCUUUCAGAAAGUUGGACAAUCUCUACGGCACAUGGAAGAAACCUUCUAAAGAAAAGAACAACUACAACUUGCCAAUGCCCAAGAUGACAUACACUGAUCUUGGAAGACUUAUGAAGAGUGAUGAAAUCCGCAGACAACUCAAACCAACAAAUCGUAAGGCCGUUAAGCGCCAUGUACUGAAGAAGAAUCCACUGAAGAACGUGCGUGUGAUGACUAGAUUGAAUCCCUAUGCCAAGACAGCUAAGCGCCAUGCUAAGCUGUUCGAGGAGAGACGUCAGAAGGCAAAGGAUGACCUUCUUAACAAGAAACGUGGUAUUUCUCCUAAAGCUGCUAAGAAGCUGAAGAGAAACAAGGGCAAAGCAAAGGGAAAGGGAAAACCAAAACCAAAAGGCAAAGAUGAUGGAAAAGGCAAGGCUAAAGGAAAAAAAUAAAUGCUCUCAGUAUUCAGAGUCAAAAUAAAAUGUACUUCUGACCACUUGUAAUGUCAUAGAUGGAUAGAAGGAAUAAAUAAAUGCAUGCAAACUUG